AUGAACAGGACCCAGCUGAAAAGGUCCAGUAUUUUGAGGAUGGCUGGUGUUGAAAUGGUUGACCGAGAUGGGAUCGGAGAAACCUUUAUUCUGCGGGCUGCAAAGAUAGCAGCUGUAGUAGUGCUGUACUGGUUCGUCUCCAUAACAAUGGUGUUCUUAAAUAAUUACUUGCUGGACAACGGCGACCUGAACGCGCCACUGUUUGUGACUUUCUACCAAUGUCUUGUGACAGUGGGGUUGUGCUGGCUGAUGCAGCUGUUUUCUGCAGCGUUCCCACAAUUGAUUGACUUCCCGUCAGUCAAAUUUGAUUUGAAGACGUCCCGUGAAGUUCUGCCUCUUUCAGUGGUCUUUAUUGGCAUGAUAUCCUUCAACAAUCUAUGCCUGAAAGAAGUUGGAGUGGCCUUCUACACCGUGGGACGUUCGCUCAGCACUGUCUUUAAUGUUUUUCUGUCAUAUAUCAUCCUGAAACAGACCACUUCUUUCAAAGCCAUGUUAUGCUGUGGGAUCAUUAUAGGUGGAUUCUUGCUUGGUGUGGACCAGGAAGGCAUAGCGGGGUCACUAUCCUGGUCUGGUGUCUUCUUUGGUGUGAUGGCCAGUGCCUGUGUGUCCCUUUACGCCAUAUUCACUAAGAAAGUGAUGCCUGCAGUGGAUGGAAAUAUCUGGAAACUGUCCUACUAUAACAAUAUCAAUGCAUCCGUCCUUUUUCUCCCACUCAUUAUUUUGUUUGGAGAGGUGGAGCGCAUCGUCUCGUAUAGUCACCUCACUGAUCUGUGGUUUUGGAGCAUGAUGACACUUGGAGGAGCAUUUGGCUUUGCCAUUGGUUAUGUCACUGGCCUGCAGAUCAAGUAUACCAGUCCGCUGACGCACAAUGUCUCGGGGACUGCUAAAGCCUGUACUCAGACUGUGAUAGCAGUGGUUUACAACUAUCACAGCAAAAGUCAUCUAUGGUGGACCAGUAACAUGUUGGUUCUUGGUGGUUCUUCAGCCUACUCGUGGGUCAAGAGCCAUGAAAUGAAGAUACUGCCGUCCAAGCAGCCUAAUGAUUCAACUCAAGAGAAACUAUUUGGGGAGAAAGGAAACAUGGGGGUAUAG